AUGAAGGAUUUUGGAUCUGUCGCUUGUUUUCCCUUUCUCCACCACGCCGGCUUCCCCCUAGCGACGCCGAACCCUAGCUGUCUCCAUCGCCGCCUCUCAGCACCGACCCGAGCCCUCUUCGUUCCCCUUUCUCCUUCUUCAUCGCGGCGCCGGCGACGCUCGACCCGCCGCCGGCCGAGCCUCCUUCUCCCCUCCCCUUUCUAUUUCACCGUGCCCUUGUUUUCUCUACAUUGGGGCAUCAACUUACUAGAAAAGAGGUUCUCCAGAAACGCACUGACAGAGGAAGAAAAGAAGGCUUUCAAGAAACUAUUGAAAGAAGAUGGCUACUAUACGAUCAGAGUGUCAUCUAAUGUGUUAGAUCCUCCGGGAAGAGAUUUUGUUGUUUCAUCAGUCAGAGUUAUUGGCGAAUGCAUUUAUGAUGCUUUUGCCAGCAAUGAUGUCAACUGGAUGAUAUGUAGAGUUUGGUUCAAUCUAAAGUUACUGUGAUGAAGACA